AUGGAGAGCCCUAGCUAUACCAGCUGCGAUUUUCCCAUUGUUGCAAGUCACUCCAAGCUUAGCCGGAGCUUCACCGGACCUCCGUCGGACCUUCACCGAACCAAAGUCGAGGAUUGUGUUGGUGCUAUUGAUGGAACACAUAUUCGGGUCAAAGUUUCUAGUGCUGAAGCUCCGAAAUAUCGUGGGAGGAAGGAUUAUCCAACACAAAACGUGUUAGCGGCAUGCACGUUUGACUUAAAAUUCACAUACGUGUUACCUGGGUGGGAAGGAACAACAUCUGAUUCAAGAAUAAUAAAGAAUGCAUUAAGUAGACCUUAUCCUCUAAGAAUUCUAGAAGGAAAAUAUUAUCUUGUUGAUGCGGGAUUUAUGUUAAGAAGUGGACUUAUUACACCAUAUAGAGGAGAGCAAUAUCACUUGAAGGAGUAUUCAAGGAAUCCACCAACAAAUCCACGUGAAUUAUUUAAUCUUCGUCAUGCGUCAUUGCGUUGUGCCAUAGAACGAGCAUUUGGUGUUCUUAAAAAGCGUUUUCCUAUAGUGGGAAGUUCAACCGAGCCGCAUUAUGGUUUAGAAACACAUAAAGAAAUUAUUUUUGCAUGUUGUAUUUUGCAUAACUACCUAAUGGGAGUAGAUCCCGAUGAGACACUAAUUGCACAAGUUGAUGAUGAACUACGAGAUGUAGCGGGAGAAGAACAUCGUGCUAGUGGGGAGAAUAAUGAAGAAACUAUUCAAGGAGAGAUCAUUAGGGAUGCAAUAGCGAUGGAGAUGUGGCAAGAUUAUAUUGAAUGA